AUGUCCAAGGUUGUCAGAUCAUCCAAGUAUAGACACGUUUUUGGUCAGCAGGCCAAGAAGGAGGAGUGUUACCAGAACCUCAAGGUGACCAAGUCGGCAUGGGACUCAAACUACAUCGCCGCCAACACUAAAUACUUUGGUGUCAUCUGGGAGGCUGGCGGUGGUGGCUCAUUCGCCGUCAUCCCACACGAGAAUCAGGGAAAGACUAGCAUCAACACCCCACUGUUUGCCGGUCACAAGUCGGCCGUGCUGGACAUUGCCUUCCACCCCUUCAACGAGAACCUCGUCGCCUCGGUCUCUGAGGACUGCAACGUCAUGAUCUGGGGCAUCCCAGAGAAUGGCCCAACCGCCACCAUCACCGAGCCCCUCCAGACUCUCCAGGGCCACAAGCGUAAGGUCGGCACUUGCUCCUUCAACCCAGUCGCCAACAACGUCCUGGCCACCUCCUCUGGUGACUUUGCCGUCAAGACCUGGGAUGUCGAGGCCGGCAGCGUGCUGAACUCGCUCGACCAGGGCCACACCGACAUCAUCGUCUCUGUUGAGUGGAACGCCAACGGCAGCCAGAUGGUCUCGACCUGCAAGGACAAGAAGGUGCGUCUGUUCGACCCACGCUCCAACACCAUCACCGCCGAGGCCGCCUGCCAUCUGGGAAUCAAGAACACCCGUGGUAUCUUCUUGAGAGACACCAUCCUCACCACCGGUUUCUCCAAGACCUCAGAGCGUGAGUUCAAGAUCUACGACCCAAGGAACUUCACCGACCCACUCACCACCACCAGCAUCGACUCGGCCUCUGGUCUGUUGAUGCCAUUCUUCGAUGCCGACAACUCCAUCCUCUACUUGGCCGGCAAGGGAGACGGUAACAUCCGUUACUACGAGAUGGUCAGCGAGGCCCCAUACUUCCACUACCUGUCCGAGUUCAAGACCGCCAGCCCACAGCGUGGUAUCUGCUUCAUCCCCAAGCGUGCCUGCAACGUCAGCGAGUGCGAGAUUGCCCGCGCCCUCAAGGUCACCCCAUCCACCGUCGAGCCAAUCAGCUUCCGUGUGCCAAGAAAGUCCGACAUCUUCCAGGACGACCUCUACCCAGACACCUACGCCGGCGAGCCCGUCCUCACCUCCCAGGCAUGGGCCAGCGGAUCGAACGCUGAGCCAAAGACCUGCUCAAUGGCUCCAGGUUUCGUCAAGAAGGCUGUUGUCCAGGAGUUCAAGCCAGUCGCUCAGGUCCAGACCGGUCCAAAGACCGAGAAGGAGCUCCGUGACGAGUAUGAGAAGCUCAAGACCCGUGUUGCCUAUUUGGAGUCUGAGAUUGUCAAGAAGGAUGCCAAGAUCAAGGAGUUGGAGACCAAGUAA